ACCAGUAGAAAGACAUUGAAAACGGAAAAAUAUACAGUUAUCGUUCCUUUCCUUUUCAGCUAAUAUAUAUUAGAGCAAGAUAGACGUUUAUCAGCCUGUUAUAUGUGUAAGACUAUGCACUUUUGGUCGUAUUAGCUAGCUAGCUAGAUAAAUUGGAAGAGAAGGAUAGCGACAAGAGUGAGAUUAAAAUUAAAAGAAAAGCGAUGGAGGAGCUUAGUGCCGACGAGAUCCGCAGAAGGCGACUGGCCCGGCUGGCGGGGGGACAGACGUCCCAGCCGACCACACCCCUCAGCACCCCCCUGACGUCCCCACAGAGGGAGACUCCCCCGGGCCCCCCUCCGGGGCCCUCCUCCGGGGUCACGCCCGCGCCGCACCCGCCGCCCGCCGCCCCGUCCCACAACCUGGGGCUCAACGUCCACAGCGUCACCCCCGCCACCUCCCCCAUCGGGGCCUCAGGUGUGGCUUACCGCAGCCAGAGCAGCGAAGGGGUCAGCUCCCUGUCCAGCUCCCCGUCAAACAGCCUGGAGACCCAGUCCCAGACCCUGUCCCGAUCCCAGAGCAUGGACAUCGACACGGGCUCCUGCGAAAAGAGCAGCAUGUCCCAGGUGGACGUGGACUCAGGGAUCGAGAACAUGGAGGUGGAAGAGAACGACCGCAGGGAGAAGAGGAACCUGGCUGACAAGGACGCCUCCAGCCAGGACGUCUCCGAGGAGCAGGCCCUGCAGCUCAUCUGCAAGAUUCUGCGCGUCUCCUGGAAAGAGCGGGACCGCGACGUCAUCUUCCUCCCCUCCCUUGCCACCGAGUUCCACCAGCACCCGAAAGAAGUCUAUUCUGACUUCAAAGACCUGAUUGGCCAGAUCCUGAUGGAGGUUCUCAUGUCCACCCAGUCACGGGAUGACAACCCCUUUGCCAGCCUGACAGCCACGUCUCAGCCAAUCACAGCUGCCAAAUCUCCUGACCGCCACCUGACGCUGGCCCCGCCCUCCAGCCAGGGGAGCAGCCCCAUGUUUGCCUGUGGGGGCUCCUUUGGGGCCAGCUCUAUGUCAAGCCUGUAUGGGUGCAGUCCCCAUCCACAGGCUCUGAGCACGGCCAGGAUGACCUCCCCAUCCGCCCCGACAACCCCCGCCACGCCCUCAUUCUCUCAGCCGGUUUCUCCCAGCCCUCCCGCCCCCCGGCUCUCCUCUGGCUCCGCCUCCGCGCCCCUCCCCAUAUCCCAGAGGUACCGCCCCUACUCGGUUAGCUCCCCGUGGGGGGCGUCCUUCUCCCCGGUCCCCAGCCCUAGGUCCAGCUCCGUCGGCCCCGCACCGGGGCCGCCCGUACCCCCCAGCCCACAGGGCGUCUCCUCCAGCCCUCAGCCCGCCCCAUUCAGCUCCCCCCGGUUCCGCCGCCCCAGCACCAUGCUGCUCCCCCUGACGCCCGGCUCGCCCGGCGCCGGGGCCCAACGGACCGCCCAGGCCGCUCGGAUCCCGUCUAGUUUCUACGACAACCCCUUCUCCUUCCUCUUCUUCGCCCUCUCCGACAUGUCCGAAGACAGCAGCGACGAAGAGCCCGAGGAGGAGGAGGAUGAUUUUUCUAGGGUGACCUUCGGGUCCAGCCUGGGCGCGUCCGGAGGGGGCGUGGCCGGCGACUCAGGCAGCGACCGCUUCACCAUCGAAGCGUGCAAGGAGACAGAGAUGCUGAACUACCUCAUCGAGCGCUUCGACAGCGUGGGCAUGGAGGAGAGGAAGGCCCCUAAGAUGUGCAGCCAGCCUUGUGUGAGUCAGCUGCUCAGCAACAUUCGCUCACAGUGUAUUUCCCAUGCUGCUCUGGUGCUGCAGGGCACCCUCACACAGCCCAGGUCCCUGCUGCAGCAGUCCCUGCUGGUCCCCUACAUGCUGUGCAGGAACCUGCCGUAUGGCUUCAUCCAGGAGCUGGUGCGAAUGACUCACCAGGAGGAGGAGGUGUUCAAACAGAUCUUCAUUCCCAUUCUUCAAGGGCUGGCUCUGGCUGUGAAAGAAUGCUCCUUCGACAGUGACAAUUUUAAAUAUCCCUUGAUGGCUUUAGCAGAGCUGUGUGAAAUAAAGUUUGGGAAGACUCACCCCGUGUGCAAUUUGAUUACCUCCAUACCCCUGUGGUGCCCAGAGCCGUUGAGCCCUGGGACAGGCAGAGAGAUUCAGAGACUGUCUUACUUAGGAGCCUUCUUCAGCCUGUCUGUCUUCGCGGAGGACGAUACCAAAGUGGGGGACAAAUACUUCUCUGGGCCCGCGAUCACCUUGGAGAACACGCGAGUGGUCAGCCAGUCCCUGCAGCACUACCUAGAGUCAGCCCGGGGCGAUCUCUUUAAAAUCCUUCACAAUAUCUUGCUGAACGGAGAAACCAGGGAGGCUGCCCUCAACUACAUGGCGGCGCUGGUCAAUCGCAAUGUAAAGAAGGCCCAGAUGCAGACGGAUGACAAGCUGGUGUCGACGGACGGCUUCAUGCUGAACUUCCUGUGGGUGCUGCAGCAGCUGAGCAUGAAGAUCAAGCUGGAGACGGUGGACCCCUUCUACAUCUUCCACCCCAAGUGUCGGCUGAGCGUCAGCAACGAGGAGACCCGGCUCAAGGCCACCAUGGAGGAGCUGAAGAGCUGGCUGGCCGAGCUGCAUGAUGACCCGUCCAGGUUUUCAGAGCCCAAGUUCCCCACGGAGUGCUUCUUCCUGACGCUGCACGCGCACCACCUGUCCAUCCUGCCGGGCUGCCGCCGCUACAUCCGCAGGCUGAGGGCCAUCCGCGAGCUCAACAGGACGGUAGAGGAGCUGAAGAACAGUGAGAGCCAGUGGAAAGACUCCCCCCUCGCCACCCGGCACAGAGAAAUGCUCAAGAGGUGCAAGACCCAGCUGAAGAAACUGGUGCGCUGUAAGGCCUGCGCAGACGCAGGGCUCCUGGACGAGAGUCUGCUGCGCAGAUGUCUGCAGUUCUACAGCAUGGUCAUCCAGCUGAUCCUGCGCAUCGUGGACCCCGAAUACCCGCACAUUACUCUGCCACUGAACCCCGAGAUCCCCAAAAGCUUUGCAGCACUGCCCGAGUUUUACAUCGAGGACGUCGCCGAGUUCCUGCUUUUUGUUGUACAGUAUUCCCCUCAGGUUCUGUACGAGCCCUGCACUCAGGACAUCGUGACGUUCCUCGUGGUGUUCAUCUGCAGCCAGAACUACAUCCGCAACCCCUACCUGAUCGCCAAGCUGGUGGAGGUGCUGUUCGUCACCAACCCGGCCGUGCAGCCGCGCACCCAGCGCUUCUCCGAGAUGAUGGAGAACCACCCGCUGUCCGUCAAGCAGCUGGUCCCCGCCCUCAUGAAGUUCUACACCGACGUUGAGCACACCGGCGCCACCAGCGAAUUCUACGACAAGUUCACCAUCCGCUACCACAUCAGCACCAUCUUCAAGAGCCUGUGGCAGAACAUCGGCCAUCACGGCACCUUCCUGGAGGAGUUCAACUCCGGGAAGCAGUUUGUGCGCUACAUCAACAUGCUGAUCAAUGACACUACCUUCCUGUUGGACGAGAGCCUGGAGUCGCUCAAGCGCAUCCACGAGGUGCAGGAGGAGAUGAAGAACAAGGAGCAGUGGGAUCAGCUGCCCAGGGAGCAGCAGCAGAGCCGGCAGUCCCAGCUGACGCAGGACGAGCGGGUGUCGCGGUCCUACCUGGCGCUGGCCACCGAGACGGUAGACAUGUUCCACAUCCUCACCAAGCAGGUCCAGAAGCCCUUCCUGCGGCCUGAGCUGGGCCCGCGCCUGGCUGCCAUGCUGAACUUUAACCUCCAGCAGCUGUGUGGGCCCAAGUGCCGAGACCUGAAGGUGGAGAACCCCGAGAAGUACGGCUUCGAGCCCAAGAAGCUGCUGGAUCAGCUGACCGACAUCUACCUGCAGCUGGACUGCGCCCGAUUCGCCAAGGCCAUUGCUGAUGAUCAACGGUCUUAUAGCCGCGAGCUCUUCGAGGAAGUCAUCUCCAAGAUGAAGAAAGCCGGCAUCAAGUCCACCAUCGCCAUUGAGAAAUUCAAGCUGCUAUCGGAGAAGGUCGAGGAGAUCGUCGCCAGGAACUCGCAGUCGGAAAUCGACUACAGUGAUGCCCCUGACGAGUUCAAAGACCCCCUGAUGGACACCCUGAUGACUGACCCUGUGAGACUUCCCUCUGGGAACAUCAUGGACCGGGCCAUUAUCUUGCGCCACCUGCUCAACUCCCCCACUGACCCCUUCAACAGGCAGCCCCUUACUGAGAACAUGCUGGAGUCAGUUCCAGAGCUGAAAGAGAGAAUCCAGGCUUGGAUGAGGGAGAAGCAGGGGGCGCGCUAGCCUCAGUGAGCCACACCCACUGUCCGCCCACCCGCCAUUAGUAAGGGAAGACGUCACCCCACCAGGACACCCAGCAACAUCAAGAUGGAGGAAUAAAGACCUGAUUCGAUUCAUUUGAUUUGAUAUUUUUGCUUUUUUUUUUUUGUCGGGCAGUGCCCUCAAUGGCCAUCUGCUCUAAACAUAUAAAAAAUAAUAAAAGGAAUAGACUUUUCAAAGGUUUUUGUUUGCGACUUUGUAUAUAUCUAUAUAUACAUAUAUUUAAAUUAGAAAAUUCUAUACAAAGGUGUGGGGAUAAGCUGUUAAUCAAGUAAACAGUUGGUUGUCUGUGGUUUCACAGCCUAAACUAGUGGCAGAUAUAACUGGAUGUGUGCAAGGAACUGCUUUACAAUCACCUGAGCUGUUUUAUUAUUUUAUUUUUAUUUUUGUUUUUUUUUUUUUGUUUUUUUUUUUGCAAAAUGUAUGUCUGCUUCAGUAAUUUUCUAAUUUUAUUACAAUGGGUAGUUUUGCACCAAAUUGCUGAGGUCCGGCAGGCCUUUUUUCCUGUUUUGAUUGUAGUAUUUAUGAAACCAAAGUGAACAGACUCCCAACAUUACAAAUGAUGCAGUAAACUACAGUCUUUACUGUCUUAAAAAGCUUCAGUCAGCGCCAUGCAGUUCCUGUUCUCUGGCACUGAAGUGGCCACACUUUGGAGAAAUAUCAAAGUUCAACUCAUGUUUUUGAAAGUAG